AUGCCGCUGGACAAUUACGGCGUUUGGAAGGCUCAACCCAGACGUUACGAUGUUGAACGCCGUGGGGCCAGAACACCUCAUCUAACUCUCUACUUUCGCGAUAAUUCAGGUCCUGACUAUCGCGCCGCCAUAAAUAUCAAGUCCGGAGACCGAGACGAGUCGCGACUUGUCUAUUGGGUAAAUGAGGAUAUGAGCGGCCACCCGCUCGUUGAUGGUCUAUCGCGUCUCCAGACCGGCUUCCACCGCUUGGAUGAUCAAGAGCCAGAACCGGGCGGUCCACGACUUGACUAUAUCCGCAGCAAUCUCUUUGACGUGGACACCGGUCGGAUUCUCGAGCACGACAUUAAUGGUCCAAACAACGACAUUAUUGAUGUCCUGGAGCCUAGGAUACAGCAAGCAAUCGCCGAGGGGGCUACUGUUUAUAUCUUUGGCGAGCAAUUUAACACGGGAGAUGGAAUACACAAUAUUCACAUGAACCAGGGCAACAUUCCAAGGUACUCAGGUGACGAUGGCGUGUUCCAGGACGGGGCCCUCAUCAUCCAUUUCCCUCAGUCCAAAAAAUGGGUCGGUAUUUUCCUUGCCUUUGCAUCGCAGGCCGUGCAUACCAGUGAGGUUGAUGGCCAUGCCAUUUCACGAGUGAGGUGGAAGGGCCUCCUGCUUGACGACCUUGUCGAGAAUUCAGUGGCUAUCCGCCGGGCCCUUGUGAAUACCACUGAAGGGCAGCAAUUUGUUACCCUGGCGAAUCUCACAAACCGCAGGGUGUCGCUUGCACGUUGGAGAAUUCGCAAUUCGGAAUGGGCACAACAGGUUCUUUCUAGGAAUUCCGCUUUAAACGCGAGAGCUACCAAUGACUUUUCUAUUCCGCACUGCCCGCUCUCUCAGAACGGUGACACUAUCACACUUCUCGAUCGCGAUGGGCUCAAGGUCGCUGGCGUCAGGUAUAACUCUCAGCAGGGAACCCAGAAUGGGCCAAUUGAUUUCGCAGGCCAGGGUUAA